UGGCGCUCGGCGGCGGAGGGCUGCGGCCGGGGAUGCGCCAGUGGGUGCGAUGGCCCCCGCCAUGCAGCCGGCCGAGAUCCAGUUCGCUCAGCGCCUGGCGUCCCACGAGAAGGGCAUCCGGGAUCGGGCGGUGAAGAAGCUGCGCCAGUAUAUCAGCGUGAAGACGCAGAGGGAGACAGGAGGUUUCAGCCAAGAAGAACUUCUAAAAAUAUGGAAAGGGCUCUUCUAUUGCAUGUGGGUGCAGGAUGAACCCCUUCUACAGGAGGAGCUAGCGAACACUAUAUCCCAACUCAUCCAUGUUGUUAACAACUCAGAGGCUCAGCACCUGUUCAUCCAGACCUUCUGGCAAACCGUGAACCGGGAGUGGCCAGACAUCGACGGGCUGCGUCUGGACAAGUACCACAUGCUGAUCCGUCUGGUCCUGAGGCAGUCCUUUGAAGUUCUGAAGCGAAACGGCUGGGAAGAAAGCCGAAUCAAGCUUUUCCUGGACGUCUUGAUGAAGGAGAUCCUACAUCCUGAGAGUCAGUCUCCGAACGGAGUGAAAUUCCACUUCAUUGAUAUCUAUCUGGAUGAACUGUCCAAGGUGGGAGGGAAAGAGCUGCUGGCCGAUCAGAACCUCAAGUUUAUUGACCCAUUCUGCAAGGUGGCCGCCAAGACUAAGGACCAGACUCUGGUACAGACUAUAGCUAGGGGUGUUUUUGAAGUCAUUGUAGAUCAGUCUCCUUUUGCACCUGAAGAGACGGUCGAGGAACAGAAAACCAAAGUGGGUGACAGUGACCUCUCUGAGGAAGAGACGUCUGGAAAUGAGAUGACGUGGAGAAAAGCAAUCAGUAGAAAGAAAACAGCACUGGGCAGAUAUCACUGCAGAAAAGAGGGAGUCGCUGAGGAAGGCAGACGGGGCGGCGGCGGAGGCGUGGAGGACGCCGGGCUGCUUCUCCAGUUUGACUACAAGGCAGUUGCCGACCGACUCCUGGAAAUAACCAACAGGAAGAACACCCCUCCCUUCAACAGGAAACGUCUCUCCAAGCUAAUCAAAAAAUUCCAGGAUCUUUCUGAAGCAGGCAGUAUCUCUCACCUCAGUUUUGCUGAGGACGCUUCUGCUGACGAAGAUGACCAAAGCCUCAGUCAAGGGAGGCAUAAGAAGAAAGGGAACAAACUUCUGGAGAAAACGGACAUGGAAAGAGGGAAAGGAGCCAAGUUCUCUCCUGCCGAGGAAGAGGAGAGCGCAGGCAGUGUUCCAAAGAGAAAAAGGAAAAAGAAGAAGAAGAACCACCUCCGGCCUGAACACUUGGGGCCGGGUGGUGAGGCCACGUGCCCGGAGCAGAAUGGCACCCGACAGCCGGAGGCCGGUCCCGGAAGAGCCCAGGAGGCGAGUGCGGCUGAGCUGGGGACGGUGGCCACGUCCUGCCCCCGGGAGCAGAGCGGCUCGGAGCCCGCCUCCGUGCACAGCAGGAGGAGACGACUGAGGAAGAGAAGCCUGAGGGUCCAGGUGGAGAGCCCAGAGGCAGCGGCCCUGGCUGGCGGCGCCCCGGUCCUGAAGAGGACGCGCGAGCUCGGCGCCCUCCUGGUCAACGGCGGCGGCCCGCCCACGCUGGCCUGGCCCCUGCCCCCUCCAGCGAGCCCAGCAGACAGAGGGGACUGCCCUGCCAUCCUGCCCCAGGGCGGGAAGCUGAAGAAAAGGAGGAGGGAGUCUGGCGGCCAUGACCUCCACGACCUGUCUGCUCAGAAAGCUGCCGUUUUGAAAAAGAGGAAGAAAGUGAAAGAGAUGUCAAAGUGGGCGGAGCACAGAGGGGUCAAGCUCGUGCAGGCCCUGGGGAGCGGUGGGGCGCUCAGCCCUUUGAGGAAGCAGCUGAGGACCCAGAGGGACUUCGUGAAGUUUGACGCCUCCUCCUCCCCGAAGCCCCUGUUCUUCAGGAAGGCCAAGGGCAGCGGGGCCGCCACCUCGCCAGGCCCCGGGCUGCAGCAGCCACACAGGACGCCGUCCAGCUCCAAGAAGGUGACGUUCGGGCUGAACAGGAACACGACGGCGGAAUUCAAGAAGACGGACAAGAGCAUCUUGGUCAGUCCCACGGGCCCCUCCCGGGUGGCCUUCAACCCUGAGCAGAGACCCCUCCACGGAGUGCUGAAGACCCCCAGCAGCUCGCCGGCCAGCACGCCCCUGGGGACCAAGAAGCCGCUGACCAGCACGCCAAAGAGGAGGCCGACGGCUAUAGACUUCUUCUAGGCAAUCGGGUGGAAGGCGCUCAGACUUCAGCUGGAAAAACAGAAAUGCAGCUCAGAGCAGUGCUGGCUAGGUGAUGGAUCUGUCUUGAGAAGCUGUGUGUCUGUCCCUCGAGCCUGAGUGGCAGGUGGGACACAGACCCCGAAACCUUAGAGAAGCCCCUGGGGCCCCUCCCGGCUCUGUCUGGAGUUUACAGCCCUAAGGAGGUGGUGCAGAAUUUGCGGGGAACAUAGUUUCAGCUCUUGGCUCAGGGGACCUCGGGCCUCCUCCCUCCCCCUGUGCAGGAGCCCCAGUUUCUCACCACAGCCCAAGCCAGCCCCCUUCGCUACUCCCCAGCACAGGACCCCAGCGUUGCCUUGGCGGUCCCAGCUGCGACUUGGGGUGACAGGGCCUCACUGGCGUUGCAGGGCUGAUGUGACUUUGGUUUCCUCGAUCACGUGAUCAGGGUGGGGUCCUCUGCAAAGACCACAGCUGACAACUUGCAGGUCAGUGGGCCGGCCUGCGGGGGGCCUGGUGAGGAAGGAGGGCGCGCGAGCUUUGCUCCUGGCCCGCUCUCUAAUAAAGCUGUGUCAUAAUCAGGCCACGAGCAAAGCAAGCGUCGGCAUCGUGCAGUUAAGCAGUCGUCGUAACCUUGUGGUGGUCGCGUGGUUUUCAGCGCCCUGCCUUUGAUAGAAUCCAUCGAAACCAAAACUGAUAGCGUGAAAAGGUUAGAUUUGAAUACUCAGAUAUUUUUAACUUUUUGUUUUUAAAAAAAAUGGUUUCGUUAUCCUUGGUCAGAUUAUUUUUCUAACGAUUUUUAUUUCAGCGUUCAGGAUGGGUCAUGUAGCCCAAUGGGCCGUAUAAUCCAACGAUGUUAAGAUGUCUUAGCAAGACAUCCAACGGCAAAAAUGGCUCAUUUGUCCUGCAAUUGAGGGCGGGGGCUUUCUUCCUCGCUCUGAUAUGUCAUCUGUCGCUCCUGAGGCCCCAGUGGGGCGUCCUGGACACGUCCUGCCUGGGGCCCGGAGCCCAGGAGUGACAGUGUGUCUUGGAUUCCAUCUCUCCUUCUCUGAAUCUGUCCUGACUUACUCCAUUUUGUGGGUAUGCUCAGUAGGUUUACUGGGGCUUAUUUCUAACGCCUAAGUGUUGGCAACAAAGAAAGAAAAAAUACAGUUUUUUAAAAUUCUCAUUCCAUACACUCCAAGAAUGUAUCACAUAAGGAAAAUGUCUUUACAAUACCAGUUUUCUAUUGGAUGCAUGUUAUUUUCCUAGCUAAAGUUGCCAGGGGGACUUGGAAGUCCAGAAAGGGAAAUAAUUUAAAUUAAUGCUGGUGAUCUUACAGUCUUUUGUAAAGUGAUCAUCUUGCCUCUUACCCCAUAGCACUGAUCAGUUUUGUACAAUUUGGUAUCACACUUUGCAAAUGUAUUAUCCUUUCUAACUUUUGCUGAACUGAAAGCACAAAGAAAAGCAUAAAGAAAAUCGGGAAGCAGUUGCCGGUGUUGGAAGGAAUGUGGAAGUGAAUCUGUCUUUUGACUGGUGUGUGUGCGUUUUCUCUGAAUUUUCCUGACUGCUGGCAAGGCCUGUUCGUUUACAAUCAUUUUGUACCCGUGUCUGCAGGGUUUGUCAGCGCUCGUCAAAGCCAAAUCCAAUAAAACGUCAGUCUUUGCCCUCA